AUGGGCCCUGGACGUCCCGCCACCAGGCGUCUCGUAACCAACGAGAAUGACGAGAACAGCAACUCGACGCGAAUGAUGACGCGAGCCAAGUCUGCCGCCCUUAAUGGAGACGAGCUCUCUCUGCCAUCAAAACCUCUGCAGUCAAAGAAGUCGACUCUAAAUGCCCAGCCCCAAGCAGGUCGAAAGCGUGCCGCUCUGGGCGAUGUGUCCAAUGUGACCAAGGCCGAUGUCAAUGAUGGCAAGAAGGCAGGCAAGGCCGGUCUAGUCUCCAAAGCUGCACAGCCGUCUGGUAUUCAGAAGAACACUUCGAGGCCUACCACAACGCGAACCGCCCUCUCUACCAAGGAGACCAACAAGAAGGUGGAGAUUAAGCGAUCGGGAGCCGGUGCUAUUGGUGCUGUUCAGAAGAGAAAGGUCACAGCUUCUGCGACAUCGAGUGUCAAGGAGAACACUCCCGCUGAGGAGGGCGAGCCUCUCCGCAAGAAGGCUCAUACGACGGAGUCUGAGAAGCGUGUGAAAGCAGAGGAAGCUGCCAGCAAGUCGGCCACGUCCGUUAAGAACGUGUCUGCUGUCGACCUGCAAGAUGCUCAACCAGUGUACCCCGAGGGCGUGAAGGACCUGGACAGCGAGGAUCUCGAUGAUCCUCUCAUGGUUGCUGAGUACGCGAACGAGAUCUUCGAGUAUCUACGCGAUCUCGAGUGCAACUCCGUUCCUAACCCGCAGUACAUGUCACACCAGGAUGACCUUGAGUGGAAAACUCGUGGUAUCCUCAUCGACUGGCUGAUUGAGGUGCACACGCGUUUCCACCUCCUACCCGAGACACUCUUCUUAGCCAUCAACGUCAUCGACCGCUUCCUAUCCGAGAAGGUCGUCCAGCUUGAUCGUCUACAGCUUGUCGGCAUCACUGCCAUGUUCAUCGCGUCUAAAUAUGAGGAGGUCCUAUCUCCCCAUGUCGCCAACUUCCGUCACGUCGCCGACGACGGCUUCAGCGAAUCUGAGAUCCUCAGCGCUGAACGCUUUAUCCUUACCACCCUCAACUACGACCUCAGCUAUCCCAACCCCAUGAACUUCCUGCGCCGAAUUUCAAAGGCCGACAACUAUGAUAUCCAGUCACGAACUAUCGGAAAAUAUCUUAUGGAGAUAUCUCUUCUCGACCACCGCUUCAUGGCUUACCGCCCCAGUCACGUCGCCGCCGGUGCUAUGUACCUGGCGCGUCUGAUUCUGGAUCGCGGCGAGUGGGACGAGACCUUGUCGUACUAUGCUGGCUACACUGAGGAAGAGAUCGAGCCUGUCUUCCAGCUGAUGGUUGACUAUCUUGCUCGGCCUAUCGUUCACGAGGCAUUCUUCAAGAAGUAUGCUAGCAAGAAGUUCCUGAAGGCUUCCAUCCUAACCCGCCAGUGGGCCAAGAAGAACGCGGUCCACUUUGGUAUCACAGAUACUGAGCUGUCCAUUGACCAGAUUAGCUGA